AUGUUCAAACCUACAUUAAUUGUGAAUGGAGCAAGAAGGCUUCCAAUGACAUCUAAACAAGGCAGAGAAUUUUACAAAGGUUCUCGUACAGGAUCAAUGGGCAGACAUACAAAAAGAGGACAUUAUUUAAUUGACUGGACAAAAGUCAGAACAUUUGUUGUUCCUAGUGGUCUUGAUACAACACUUCUAAAGCCCUUUGUUACGCUCAAAGUGCGUCCAAUGCGAUCCUCUUUUGGUCCUGGACAAAAACAUGGAUUUGAUGGAAAUAUAUAUUAUAGUCAAUGGAAACAAGAGAAUCCAAGUGAAAAGAAGGAAGGUUCUUAA